AUGGAGGCUGUGGCUGGGAGACACAGCGAGACUCUGAAGGCAAUGGUGCAGGCCUGGCCCUUCAGCCACCUUCCCCUAGGGGCUCUGAUGAAGUCUCAGCGGGCUCCCCAGGACGUGUUAAAAGCUGCACUGGAGGGGCUGGAUGUCCUGCUUGCCCAGAAGGUCCGCCCCAGGAGAUGGAAACUGAAAGUUCUGGAUUUACGGGUGAAUGCUAACACCAACUUCUGGAACAGGUGGUCUGGAACCUGGGACGGGUCCUCUGUGUGCUCAUUCGGGGAUCCAGAGGUCAGUCAGCCCAGGAUAAAGAGGAUAAAAGUGGACGAUUCAAGGACAGGGGAGAAGCAAACCUUGUUCCCCUUGGAGAUUCUCAUAGACCUGUGCCUCGAGGAAGCCACCCAGGAUGAAUUCCUCACCUUCCUCAUUAAGGGGAUCAAGCAGAAUUCUGACUAUGUGCAGGAGGUGGAAGUGAAUUACAUCUAGGAACUGUCCACCCUGGCCAGGUUUGCUCCUCACUUCGGCCAGAUGUUUAAACUGGCGAUGGAGGAGUAGGUGGAGAAGCUAGUUGCCCAGUUUAGCUCUCAGUUGCUCUGUCUGCACCAGCUCCAGAAGCUCUACCUGGGCUCUGUUCUCUUCCUCAAAGGCCAUCUGGAUCAGGUGCUUAGGUGCCUGAAGAACCCCUUGGAGACCCUCACAAUAACUAACUGCUUGCUUUUGGAGUCCGACUUGAUAUACCUUUCCUUGUGCCCAAACACCAGCCACCUAAGGUACCUGAAUUUGAGAGAUGUCAACCUAACUGGCUUAAGUCCUGAGUUCCUCUAAGUUCUGCUAGAGGAAAACUCAGCCACCCUCCACCACCUGAACUUUGAUGGGUGUGGGAUCACUGACUCCCAGCUCACCACUAUUCUGCCUGCCCUGGGCCGCUGCUCCCAGCUCACCACCUUCAGCUUCUGUGGAAACUCAGUCUCCAUGGCUGUCCUGGAGGGCCUGCUUCAGCACACCCUCCCGCUGAGCAAGUUCAGACUUGGGGUGUUUCCCAUUCCACUGGAGUGUUACCUGGGCAUCCAAGUGCUGCUGGACCCGGCCAAUAGCGGAGGCGAUGCUCGAGCUGUUGCCAUAGCGACCGCGGCCGCAGAGCAAAAGGAGGCGGUGACGUCAUUGCGGAGCAAGAACAGCGACCGCAGCUCCGAUGGGCAGCAGCGGGCGUACUGCUGCCUCCGGGAGCUGGGCAAGAUGCUGUUUGGCGUCAAGGACAUCGCGCUGUUGGAGCACGGGUGCAAGGCCCUGGAGGUGGACAGUUACAAGUCCCUGAUGAUCCUGGGCAUCCCGGAAGACUGCAACCACGAGGAAUUCGAAGAGAUCAUACGGGCCCCCCUGAAGCCCCUGGGCAAGUUCGAAGUGGCCGGGAAGGCCUUUCUGGAAGAAGAUAAGACCAAGGCAGCCAUCAUCAGGCUGGCGGAGGAGAUCAAUUACUCCGUGAUCCCCAGGGAGAUCAAGGGCAAGCGCGGGGUGUGGAGAGUGGUCUACAUGCCCCGGAAGCAGGACGUCGAAUUCCUCACCAAGCUGAACCUCUUCCUCCAGAGCGAGGGCAGGACCGUGGAGGACGUGGCCCGGGUCCUGAGGCAGGAACUGUGCCCAGCAGGGGCGGGUCCCAGCGGGCUGCCCGCGAGAAAGGUCUGUGUUCCCGGGCCCGGGAAGGAUCCGGGGGCUGCGGCCGCCGCUGGAGUGGACAGCGUGCCCCCUCUGGACUCCACAGAGGAGGAGAGCAAGGCUGGCGAUGGCAAGCGAGGCCAGAGGAAGCACAAGAAGAACCGUCGGCGGCACCGUGCAUCUGACAAGAAGCUGUAA